UUUUGGAUUCAAUCACUGAGGCACGGCAGUACAGUAAAGUUGUUGCCAUGGAGAUGGAAUACAUCCUACUGGAGAGCUCCUCCCCUCAGAAGGUGUGCCACUCCCAAACACAGACUGAUGUUUUAAAGCCCUUACUGGGUGGUGGCUUAUCCGGUGUGGGAGGGACUCUGAGGAAGAGGAGGCGUGUCCUGUCCAAAGAUGGGCGUAGCAACGUGCGCAUCGAGCACGUCAACGGCCGGAAUGCUCUGUACAUGCGGGACCUCUGGACAACAUUUCUGGACAUGCAGUGGCGCUACAAGUUGUUCCUGUUCACGGCCACGUUUGCGGGGACCUGGUUCCUGUUCGGGGUGCUGUGGUAUCUGAUGGCCCUGGUGCACGGAGACCUGCUUGAGUUCGACCCCCCGUCGAACCACACGCCCUGUGUGAUGCAGAUGCAGACCCUGACAGGGGCUUUCCUCUUCUCCCUGGAGACCCAGACCACCAUUGGUUAUGGUUUCCGUUGCAUCACUGAGGAGUGUCCCGCAGCCAUCAUCCUCCUAAUCGUCCAGCUCGUCAUCACCAUGCUGAUGGAGAUCUUCAUCACUGGUACCUUCCUGGCCAAGGUUGCUCGGCCAAAGAAGCGAGGUGAGACGGUGAAGUUUAGCCAACACGCAGUGGUGUCGACCCACGAAGGCCGGCCCUGCCUGAUGAUCAGGGUGGCCAACAUGCGCAAGAGUCUCCUGCUCGGCUGUCAGGUGAGUGGAAAACUGCUCCAGACAUCUCUGACCAAGGAAGGGGAGACGGUUCGCCUGGACCAGAGAAACGUUCCCUUCCAAGUGGACACAUCUAGCGACAGCCCCUUCCUCAUCCUGCCCCUCACCUUCUACCACCUCAUCGAUGACAACAGCCCCCUGCGAGCCUGGGCAGACAAGGGUGGAGGCUGGACAGACCCAGAGUUGGCAGACUUCGAGCUGCUGGUCAUCAUGAGCGCUACAGUGGAGCCGACCUCGGCCACCUGCCAGGUUCGCACCUCAUACCUGCCGGAUGAGAUUCUCUGGGGUUAUGAGUUUCCACCUGUAGUCUCCCUUUCCCCAUCGGGGAAAUACAUAGCGGACUUUGCCUUCUUUGAUAAAGUGGCCAAGACCAAGACCACGCCCAUCUUCAAAAAAUCCAGCCCCCAGCAUGAGUACCAGAGCAACGGGGGUGCUGUGUCUGAGGGGUCCGAUCCAGAGAAGAUCCGUCUGGAGCAGAGUUACAGGGAGAGAGGGGAGGAGCGUGGCCGUGUCAGAGACACUCCUCUCAGUGUUCGCAUCAGCAAUGUGUGAACAAAUGAAAUGGUUGAGAAGGGAGCGUGUCAGGAGACAGCAGGAGACAGCAGGAGACAGCAGGAGACAGCAGGAGACAGCAGGAGACAUCAUCAAAACUACUCUGGAGACUGUCUCUUUGACUGUUUUAACUUUUGGAUGAUAUCUAUGCCCUAGUAGCACCAGACGAUGCAGAAAGCAAAUAUGGACUAUGACCAUGGCCUACUGUAUGGUUUGCCAUUGUUAUACAUUUCCUGGUAUAACUCAUGUUUUACACUGGUUUGACUGUGUUCAUGUGACGCCAUAACUGAAGCUGUGGUUUGCAUUUGAGGAAGUGCACAAGCACCUAACACUUUAGGUGAGGGUAUGGGUACUCAAUCCCUUUAAGGUAGUAAUUGUAGUAUCCCAGUACUAAGUAAUGUUGAAACUUCUCUCUGGUCAAAUAAUGCCGACAUUUGAUCCUUUUUGUAUCCAGAUCUAUAAAAAAAUUAGUAUGUGUAUUGUUUUUCUCACAGCCAACCACCACAAGCAUUCUUUAAUGUAUAGCAGCAUGUGAUUGGCCCGCUCCUGCAGCGGCUAUGGAAGGUUUGUGUGACACACAACUGAAUACUUGAUACAAGUAGAAGAAAAAAGCUAUCAAGGGAAGUCUAUUGGUAUCUGUAUCACUUUAAGGGAAGUGGUAUUGUAAUUGUUUUUAUUGAUAUCCAGUCCUAACAAAUAUACUGUAUAUCCUUUUCUAACUAAGAAAAUAACACAUCUGGUUGUUUAAUUGCAAAGAAAUACACAAAAAGAUUCAAAACUCAAGUAAACGAGCAGAGGAGACAGUGGAAACCCCAGUUGUCUAUUUUGGGUCCUCCCCACGCUUACUGAAUGUUAAAUCACAAAGAGAAAAAAUUGGACUGGGGACUGUAAGGUUUGUGUGAUAAGGGGACAGGACAGGGUAAAACCUUCUAUACUUCCUCUAAAAAUGUGUGGUUAAUACACACAGUGUAUGUUCUAGACAUUUAGAAGUCAUAUGAUGUUGAGUUUUAACUCGGGUUGCUUUCAUUACUGUAAAAAACACGAUGAGUAAUGCAAUGCCAGUUCUUCAGUUCUUCUAGGAUUUAAAAAAACUCCUACACCAAUCAGUUAGAAACCCCCCUGAUACUGAUCAUUUUACAUUUCCUGUUGUAAAAAGACGGAAGUUCUUGAAACAUAAAAAACAUGACAUGUAUGUGUAUUGUAGAUGAAAAUGCUGUGUAAUAUGUGUCUAAAGCACUGUUCUGUUAAACUAAUGUAGCAUUACAAGUGGAAAGUAGGCAAACUUCAGAUGAAUAUUCUGUGUUCAUGGUGCUCUGUGCUGAAUCUCUCGAUGGUGUAAGCAUUUCCUGUACAGCUGUUACGGCUGUUUUACAGAAAGUUAGCACUUUAAGGAAGUACAUGAUGUGCGUCUAGCACCGUAGGAAGAUUAACUUAGGAAGAUAUAUUUUAUUAACACUAAAAGCACUUACACAAUGAAAUGUAAUUAAAGCAGUUAGAAUAGACUUUAAAACAGAUCUUUCUUCCUACAAAACUAAUUGCAGUUUUAUUCUCUCAGUGGCUUUAAGGAAACUGAUUGACUGAUAUAAAUGACAUCAUGUCUUCUGAUCAUACAUGCAUAUGCCCAUGAGGUUAUUGUGGGUUGCAAAUGUUACUGUAAACAUCAAAGAAGCUCUCCUUUCUGUGUAAAGAGGGAGCCUUCUGCAUGUCCAUGUGCUUUUUGAGUUACUAACAUUGUUGAAUACCAACAAACAUUUUAUCCCAGCCCCUUUUAUUUCCAGUCUAGAGGACAGGAACAUGGGGAGGACCAGAGGUGAUUGCUGAGAAUGGAAAUGAUGGAAAUGAUUAUAUAUGUGGUGGUGAACUGUGACAAUGAGGAAGUAAGUAUGCAAAUGAUGAAUAUGAAUAUAUUGGAAAUGGAACUUCUGGUAUUUGUAACAUUUUCUGAAUUAACAUUAAGCUCUGGAAUGUUAAUAGAUUUAAAGUGCAGAUGGAGAGAUUGAAUUAGACAAUUCUUUC